AUGGAGGCGGAAAGUCUGAUGGUGCUGUACGCAGAUAACUCGGUGGAGGUGCACUACGUUACGGGAGCCCGUCUGCUGCUGUCUCCUUGCGGCUGCGAGUACUUGUAUGAAGCGGCGCUCCCCGCUGCUUCCCACCCCCUCCGGCCGCCGGAGACCACCCGACAGCGGGUCGCCUUCGUUCUCAGCGCUUACCGGGUACAACUUCUGCGAGCUCUAGAUUUCCGUAACAAAUUUUCUUCUCGCCCAUACUUACCUUCACAUGUUAUACCUCGAGAAAGAAAACAGAUUCUUUUCAGUGAUAUCUUAGAAACUAGAUGGCCUGACCCUGAUAUAGCCAAUCUGACAAGAUGUAUAGACAACGGCAGUGUGCGGAUCUCGUCAGUAGAUGGUUAUGCUCACCUUUACCUGUCAGAAUGGCAGCAAGAAUUUACUGUGGAGUUCUUGUGCAAAGUCAGCCAGUCAUCUGCAGCAUCCUUAUGCUCCUCUCAAAAGAACAGCAACUAUCAAACCAGAGAUCAGCAUGGAAUAUCAAAUAAAAAUUCUGUUGCAGGUAUGUUAUCAAAGCAAAAGAGAAUAGAGAAUAAGAGUGAACACAUUUGUGUUGAAGAUAAAUACAGAGAACCAAUCAAAUCAACAGACCAGAAAGACAGAGACGGAGUCCCUUUACUCUGCACAAAUUGUUCUUGUGAAUAUACAUGGGUUACACAGCACUGGUCCGUUUCCUCCUACCCAGAAGAAUGGAAGUACCCUUUGUCAUUGGCACUAAUGUGUUACAGCUCACAUGCUGUUAAGGAUGUAGUGAAGACUCAUGAGAAAAACAACCCUACAGAAGGUGGUGUUUUAAUGGACCCCAAAACACAUGAAGCAGUUUCUCAUUUACCUACAGCUCUGCCACUCAGCUGCAGAGCUCCACAUUUACACAGGUGGACUUUCUGUGACUUCUUUCAGAAUCAGGAUACUGAAAAGUACUCAUGCCCUCAGCUAAUUCAGAUUGUAUGGUGCCAGGGUGUUUUUUACAGAUUCAUCCAUGGUAGGACGAACAUCACAGAAAUUUAUCCUGGUGAUCAUUCAUUUUUCAAGUCAGAGGGAGCAUUUUUUGGAAAAUAUUUCACGCAUUAUACAAUCCAAAAAGGAACAAAAAAGAGAGAAGAAAAGAUAUAUUCAGUAUACAGCCUACCUCCCGAUGUACCAGGAAAUCCAUAUUCUAUAUCCUCCGUUAUUACUGAAGCUAUCAAGAUAGUUCAGUACUGCUACAAGACUAAACUAUCAUCAACUUAUAACUACUAUCUCUGCUGCUGGAAAAUGGUACCUGAGACAGAUGGACGAGAAAUGUUGCCACUUUUGCUGUAUGAUAAGGUUAUUCCCAGCAUGGGAAGACUCCAUGUGUACUCAGAUCAUAUAGUCCAUGCUGCUUUUUGGGAUGGGAUAACUUUGAACCUGGUCUGGGAUUUCAGCUCAUCCUGUAGUAAGAUCCAGGUAAAUGAAGAUAUAGGCUGGUGUAAGUUAACUACUCCUAGUGGGGAACAGAAGCUAAUAAAAAUAAGUGAUCCUGGAAUCUAUGAAAGGUAUAUCAAAACAGCAAUAGAAUGGUGCAGAAGUUUGAAUGAAAGGAAGGAGAUUCCUGAAUAUAUUCCACACUCUGUCACUGAAGAAAAUUGGUCUGUUGAUGCUGAGCUAGAAAAAAUACAGAGAUUUAACUUUUUAUUGGAUAAUAGCAAUGUUUUGGAAAAGACACCUGCUGCAAGAACUAAUCCAUCCGGUGUUACUGUCAGAGAAACAGAAAACAGGAGUGAGCUGGAAGAAAUCAGUGAAAAGUGUGUGUUGGAGGCAUUGGAAAAAACUUCUAAAGUCAUUCAGGAUAUAGAAUCCCUGCUUGCAACUUCUGGGAAGUGA